CUCGAAAAUAAUGGUGUGCGCAUGCGCAGCACAUCUCACUAAUCUCUGAGUAAAAUGGCGUCGGGUGCCAUUUCCACAGAAUUGAAGAAAAUAUCAGAAUUAAGAGUUGUUGAUCUGAAAUCCGAAUUAAAGCGGAGGAAUUUGGAUACUUCGGGUGUUAAGAGCGUCCUAGUUGCUAGACUUAAGGAGGCUGUUGAAGAUGAGGGGGGUGACCCAAACAACAUUGAAAUGCAGUCUGCCGACACAGCAACUCGUAAAGGUGGAAAAGCCAAAGGCAAAAAAGUUGACUCCGAUGCGGACGUUAUCUAUGAAGACGACGCAUCAUCUAAGGAACUAGAGGAAUGUGAGUCAGAAAAAGAUGUUACUGAUACAGAUGAUGGUACUCGUGACAAUUCUAAGUCCGCACCUUCAGAGGACAUCCUCUGUCAGCCUGAAGCUGAGGUCCACGGUGAGGCCCUGCCAGAGUCCAUGGGUGAUUCAGAGACUGAACCUGAACGAGAGCCUGAUCCUGAAGACCCCACAGUGUUGGCAGAGGGUAACUGUGAGAAGGAGUCUGAAGAUGACCUUAUGACUGAGGGUGAGGCCGUACCUGAGCGUCAGCCAGAACCAGAGAAGACACUGCUUGAGGCGGAGCUUGAGCCAGAGGCGGAGCCCGAGCCUGAACCUGAACCUGAGCCCGAGCCUGAUCUGGAUCUGGAUCUAGAGGCUGAUGCAGAAGACCCAGAGGCUGAUGCAGAUGACCCAGACGGGGGAGCUGAGCCAGAUGGGGACGCAGACCCAGAUGAGACAGAUCUGGCUGAGAUGGAAGCAGACACGGUGCCAUCCUCUAAGGAGGCAGAGGAUGAUCACUUGUCUGUCUCAAUGCAGAAUGAAGAUGCCAUUACUUUAGAUGUUGAUGGUGAUGAUCUCCUGGACACAGGUAAACAUGUGAAACUUCCAGAUUCAGAGACAGAGAAGAGCACGGAUGAACCAGGGCCUUCCGCUGAGAUGGGUCCUGAUGAUGAUGAUGAUGAUGAUGAUGAUGCCAAAGAAGAUGAGACGGGUGGCCACAGAGAUGGUAAGAAAGAUGACGCAUCCAAGGGUGAAGCUGCGAAGAAAGCUGAAACCGGAGACAAAGAAAAGGAUUCUGGGAGGAAAGGCCCCUCUUCUACUGGGGCAGGUCAAGCAAAGAGCAUUAGAGAUGGUGAUGGAAAAAGUUCAAUGGAUGAAAAGGGACUUGGCAGCAGUAGCAGCUUCUCACGUAAUUUAUGGGUCAGUGGUUUGUCAUCCAACACCAAGGCAGCAGAUCUGAAAAAUCUAUUUGGAAAAUAUGGCAAGGUUUUGAGUGCCAAGGUGGUAACAAAUGCUCGGAGUCCAGGGUCAAAAUGUUAUGGCUUGGUAACUAUGUCUUCAAGUACAGAGGUGACCCGAUGUAUCUCACAUCUUGACUGCACUGAACUCCAUGGACAACAGAUCUAUGUCGAACGGGCAAAAAAUGAUCCAUUUAAAAAAGACCCUGCAAAGAAGGAAGAAGAUAAAAACAGUUUGAGUAAAUCUAAUGAUAAGCGCAGCUCAACCGGUGGAAAAGCAGCCAGCAAAACACAAACAUCUUACAAAAAGGAAGACAAGAAGUCCUCUGACAAGGAUAAAGAGUCCUCCAAGAAACAAGAUGGCAAAAGUGGGAAGUCUGGUGAUGGAGCUACUUUAAACUCAAGUCAAGAGUGUUCAAAAAAGGAUGAUAGGAAGCACAGCAGAACUAGAAGUCCAGGAAAAAUGGCUGGUGUGAGUCACAACAAAGAUUACAAAAUGAGACCAUUCCGACAAGGAAGAUACAUUGACAAGCCUUUUAACAACAAUAUACAACGCUGGCCAAAAUGGUUGGUUCCUCCUGAAGAGCUAGAACUUAUUAAAAACAAACAGACAGAUUUUUCAGACAGGGGAGAAGAUCAAGAAAUUGUCCCAUUUGAAAAGAUCAAAGAACAAAGAAUGCGUGAACGCAUGGAACGUGCCCGUCGAGCCGAGGAACUUCGAAGGCGGCGUCAAAUGGCAGAGCAAGCACGUAGAGAACGAGAACGUGAACGCCAGGAGCGAGAGAACCUGCUACGGGAGCGAGAGAGACUUGAGAUGGAAAGGCAAAAACUGGAACGAGAACGGCUUGAAAGGGAAAGACUUGAAAGGGAGCGCAUUCGCAUUGAGCAGGAGCGGCGAAAAGAAGCUGAACGAUUGGCUCGUGAACGUGAGGAGCUGCGCAGGCAGCAUGAGCAGCUUCGGUAUGAACAAGAAAAGAGGAAUAACCUGAAAAGAGGGCGAGAAGUAGAGCAUGGCCGUAGAGAUGAUCAAUAUUGGAAUGGAAACAAGAAGAUCCAAUCUGAGGAUGUUCGUUUGAACCAAGCCUCCAAUUACAACCGUCAACAAAACAGAUUUAACAACUCGUUCAACAAUCCCAGAGAAAGGGGUCGCUUCCCAGAGGCUUCAGAGCAGCAUUCAUUCGAAAGGAGAAACAGAUUUGAUGGUGAACCACCUGUAAAGAAAAAUCGUCCUGGGUUUGAUCGCUAUCCAAAGGAUUUUGACUCAGUUGGGAGAGGUGAACCUUCCUCGCGUGCAGGGGAUAAAGAUCGCAGGGACCGAGAUGAAAGGCGGCCAGUGCCCAUGCAUGAUCGUCCUAUGGGAGCUAGAGCCCCAAUGCCUGGCAUGGCACACAAUCGCUCACCCAGAGAUGGUGUGCAUGGAUGGAAGAAUGAUGGCGGCAUGAAUGUCAACAAGGGAGAGCUACGAGGAACUAUGCGUAUGCGGGAUGAUCGUCCCGGCAGAGAUGUCCCGGGGCCUGCAGUACGAGGGGGUUCUGCUGGCACCCAUGGAAGAAACUUUAAUGAUCGAGAUGGACGACCUAUGGUCAUGAAUCAACAACCUUUUAGCUCUGGCCGUCAGGUGGUUGUGGAGCGUCAAAACAGAGAUCAGGGAUUGAGAAAAGAAUGGCAUGGCGGAGCUGGCUCCCAAAGUGCCGGCUUUGUUGAAAACAGGAGAAUGGGGGACACUCGGGGCAGCAUGAUGGCUCCACCCUCUAGUCACUCCACUGGAAUGAAUCGAAUUGUACAGAUCACCAACAACUCCCUUUCAAGUGGAGGAAAUGUGGGUGGAUUUAAACCAUUCAAAACAACACAGCGAUACUAAGGACAGAAAAUUCACUUUUAAAAGUGUGAUAUUUUGAGUAUUCUUAAUUUAGUUUUUAUGCCAACUGUUUUAAGUGGCAUAGGAGUUGCCAUUGGGUGUUUAACAUUUUUAUGUUGUAAGUACCUCAGUGUAGAGUUUUCUGGGCAGUUUUGCUGUUAACAUUAAAAAUCAACUCUGCAUAACUUUACUUUUGUGAUGUUGUACAGCUGUGGGUGUUUGUAAGUAAUAUCAUAAACAUGAGUAUUUUUAGUAGCUUACACCUUGUUGGUCAAUGUCUUUUUUAAUUUAAUGUAUGAUAUAGACACCUGUUUAGUAUCUUAUAGACAUUUGAGUCAAUGGCAUUUACUUUCCAACUAAAUAUUUUUUGGAUGUCUUGACAUACAUAAGUUAAAAGCUUUCCUUACUCUGAUCUAAGAACUACAUAAUUUUGUCCUUUAAUAUUCACCAGGUCAAGGAGUAUGGAUCAAUGGGCCUAUGUUACAACCUGUGAACAGUUUGUGGUAUGCUUUAGCUUGUCAGUUAAUAUUGCAUGUAAAUAAAAUCUUCCUGAUAAACUCUGGAAAAGUUUGUAGGGAUUUCACAAACCAAAUGCCGCACAACCAUUGAAUAUUUCAUUUUUUUUUUUUUGCUUAGUCCAUGUAUGUGAAAUUACACUACUAAGGACAGACUGCUGUUAAAUUUUUGUGUGUCCAUAAUGUUUUUUUGUAAUCAAUGGACACAGCAAAUGUUUUUGAUACUUUUAUUAUGUAAUAAUGUUAAAUUACCCUAAGUGUGUAAGGCAUUUUGUUAUUUAUAGACCACCACACAUUUUGUGACUAAGGUUAAAGGCUACAUACACUAUUUGGUCAUAUCUAAAUGAACAACCAAUUAUUAAAAAUAAAAAAUGUAUA